UCUCCACAGUGACCCCAAGUUGGACAGGCAUAGACAUUCAUCAGGGAACAUCUCUACCGCUCUGGAGAUGAUGCCUGGACUGGAGGGGUUAGACCUGGAGCCCUACGGCAAGGUACUGGGGACACACUGUACUUAUAUCCUCCCCCCUCUCUACGGCAAGGUACUGGGGACACACUGUACUUAUAUCCCCCCCCCCCCCCCUCUCUACUGCAAGGUACUGGGGACACACUGUACUUAUAUCCCCCCCCCCCUCUCUACUGCAAGGUACUGGGGACACACUGUACUUAUAUCCUCCCCCCCCCCCCCCCUCUACGGCAAGGUACUGGGGACACACUGUACUUAUAUCCUCCCCCCUCUCUACGGCAAGGUACUGGGGACACUGUACUUAUAUUAUAAUACUAAGGCAUUUGUGAAAAUUCUAUAGCAAUAUAGAGUGGGAAAGCUGCCGUGCGUCUGGACAAUUAAUACACACUGCAGUAAAUAAAACCUAAUAAAAACAUCUGUCUCAUCCAAGACCGGAGUCUACACAGACCAGUGCGCUAUAGACAAUCAGAGCUACAGUAGGCCUUUAUACAAACAAGUCAUUUGCCACAUGGGCCUGCCAGCAUUCACUUUGAACUGGACUGUGUGUUUACAGGCAGUAGCAACAGCGGGACUUUAGAUCAUUAGAACGCAUUCGCCAAAAGCCACCAAAUACACCUGAAUGGAUUUCUGCAAAUCCUGUAUAUAAACACCACGGGAGUCCUCUUACAUUUGGGAACUUUACAGUCCUAUUGAUCAAACCACCAUGAAAAGGUAGGCUCUCUCUCCCACAGAGUUAUGCACAUCAAGAACAACAACUAAUGCUAGCCAGAGCAAGAUGAGCUAAAAUUCUAACGAAGGAACAUUAGAUAAACCCUCUCAAACUUUUUCAGCUAGUUGGCCGUCAAAAGUUCAUUGAAAAACUUUGGGGAAUUGUAGCCUACUCGUCCUUCUGCAGCUAGCCUGCAAAUGCACGCUUGUCCCAACCAAGCACCCAAGCUAACUAGCUAACAUUGGCUAGCUUGCUAGCUACUUCCAGACACAAAUGAGAGAACACCUCACUCUGACCAUUUUUACUCUCCCUUGCAGAGCUGGUUAGGCUGUUUACAUGUUAUCUAGAGCUUUCUUGACUAACUAUUACUUUUUUUUGCCUAGGUUUACUGACGUCGAUCAUAUUCAGUGGGUGUUGAGCGUUUUUGUAAAUUCAUCAGUUAUUCUGCGCUCUGGCACACUCAGACAAGAGUGCUCUGAAAUCGGAGUAGAUAGCCAGAGUGAAUUUGCGAAAGCAAGACAACUGGAUAACGGUCGUUCAAGUUCAGCAUAGCUAGCUAGCUAGCAAAGCGAUUCACAUUUAUUGCUAGCUAACCAAAUGACACCUGCAUCUCUAGCUGAGGCCAUCGAAAAAUGAUAUGAGGGGGAAAAGUCAAUUUUGCGCCGCCCUAUGGGACUCCCGGUCACGGCCGGUUGUGAUACAGCCUAGAAUCCAACCCAGGUUUGUAGUGACGCCUCAAGCCCUGCAAUGCAGCGCCUUAGACAACUGCGCCACUCGGAAGGCCCCGGAAUUUGAUAUUUUUGACUGAUAUUAUGAUUGUCUGUUUCGUAUCUGCAAAGUAGUUAAAACGCUCAGUUCCACUUUAAAUCACUGAGCACAACAGGCGCUUAUUAGAGCCAGGCUUGUAUUAGAGCCAGGCUUGUAUUUGAGCCAGGCGUCUAUCUCCUUAAAGCACACAGCUUUUACUCAUUUGCAUAGUUAUUGUUUAAUUCCAGCAUUCACGUCCAGCAUUUUAAUCAAUUUCUUCAUUUUAUUGCACUAAUGUGUUUAUCAUUUACACACUUAUAAUUUACUCCCGAGUGGCGCAGUGGUCUAAGGCACUGCAUAGCAGUGCCACUAGAGAUCCUGGUUCGAAUCCAGGCUCUGUCGUAGCCGGUCGCGACCGGGAGACCCAUGGGGCGGCGCACAAUUGGCCCAGCGUCGUCCAAGGUAGGGGAGGGAAUGACCGGCAGGGAUGUAGCUCUGUUGGUAGAGCAUGGCGUUUGCAACGCCAGGGUUGUGGGCUCGAUUCCCACAGGGGGUAUGAAAAAAAUAAAAAAAUAUAUGAACAUAUAACUAACUGUAAGUCGCUCUGGAUAAGAGUGUCUGCUAAAUGACUAAAAUGUAAAAUGUAAAAAUGUACACAUACAGUGGGGAGAACAAGUAUUUGAUACACUGCCGAUUUUGCAGGUUUUCCUACUUACAAAGCAUGUAGAGGUCUGUCAUUUUUAUCAUAGGUACACUUCAACUGUGAGAGACGAAAUCUAAAACAAAAAUCCAGAAAAUCACAUUGUAUGAUUUUUAAGUAAUUAAUUUGCAUUUUAUUGCAUGACAUAAGUAUUUGAUCACCUACCAACCAGUAAGAAUUCCAGCUCUCACAGACCUGUUCGUUUUUCUUUUAAGAAGCCCUCCUGUUCUCCACUCAUUACCUGUAUUAACUGCACCUGUUUGAACUUGUUACCUGUAUAAAAGACACCUGUCCACACACUCAAUCAAACAGACUCCAACCUCUCCACAAUGGCCAAGACCAGAGAGCUGUGUAAGGACAUCAGGGAUAAAAUUGUAGACCUGCACAAGGCUGGGAUGGGCUACAGGAGAAUAGGCAAGCAGCUUGGUGAGAAGGCAACAACUGUUGGUGCAAUUAUUAGAAAAUGGAAGAAGUUCAAGAUGACGGUCAAUCACCCUCGGUCUGGGGCUCCAUGCAAGAUCUCACCUCGUGGGGCAUCAAUGGUCAUGAGGAAGGUGAGGGAUCAGCCCAGAACUACACGGCAGGACCUGGUCAAUGACCUGAAGAGAGCUGGGACCACAGUCUCAAAGAAAACCAUUAGUAACACACUACGCCGUCAUGGAUUAAAAUCCUGCAGCACACGCAAGGUCCCCCUGCUCAAGCCAGCGCAUGUCCAGGCCCGUCUGAAGUUUGCCAAUGACCAUCUGGAUGAUCCAGAGGAGGAAUGGGAGAAGGUCAUGUGGUCUGAUGAGACAAAAAUAGAGCUUUUUGGUCUAAACUCCACUCGCCGUGUUUGGAGGAAGAAGAAGGAUGAGUACAACCCCAAGAACACCAUCCCAACGUGAAGCAUGGAGGUGGAAACAUCAUUCUUUGGGGAUGCUUUUCUGCAAAGGGGACAGGACGACUGCACCGUAUUGAGGGGAGGAUGAAUGGGGCCAUGUAUCGCGAGAUCUUGGCCAACAACCUCCUUCCCUCAGUAAGAGCAUUGAAGAUGGGUCGUGGCUGGGUCUUCCAGCAUGACAACGACCCGAAACACACAGCCAGGGCAACUAAGGAGUGGCUCCGUAAGAAGCAUCUCAAGGUCCUGGAGUGGCCUAGCCAGUCUCCAGACCUGAACCCAAUAGAAAAUAUUUUGAGGGAGCUGAAAGUCUGUAUUGCCUAGCAACAGCCCCAAAACCUGAAGGAUCUGGAGAAGGUAUGUAUGGAGGAGUGGGCCAAAAUCCCUGCUGCAGUGUGUGCAAACCUGGUCAAGACCUACAGGAAACGUAUGAUCUCUGUAAUUGCAAACAGGUUUCUGUACCAAAUAUUAAGUUCUGCUUUUCUGAUGUCCUGCAAUAAAAUACAAAUGAAUUACUUAAAAAUCAUACAAUGUGAUUUUCUGGAUUUUUGUUUUAGAUUACGUCUCUCACAGUUGAAGUGUACCUAUGAUAAAAAUUACAGACCUCUACAUGCUUUGUAAGUAGGAAAACCUGCAAAAUCGGCAGUGUAUCAAAUACGUGUUCUCCCCACUGUAUGUACAUAUGCAGGGUAGGGAGGGAAGGGCCCAGGGAUGUUAGCCUCAGGUGAAUUAGAGCAUGGCGUUGGCAACGCCAAGGGGUUGUGGGUUCAAUUCCCACGGGGGGGCCAUAUAAAUAAAUAAAAUGUAUUCACUAACUGUAAGUCGCUCUGGAUAAGAAGCGUCUGCUAAAAUGACUAAAAUGUAAAUGUAAAAAAAAUGUACAACCGAUAGGCAAUAUUGUUUGGACUACCAAGACAUUUAUUGGGUGAAUUAUAUUUGUCAUGUAUUGAACUGCAUCCAUCACAUUCUGCUAACAAUGCCUUACUGUACGUCAUAGAUGUUGAGCAAAUAGAACCUAUUUUAAAACCUCUUCAUAGAGUUGGUUUUGUAGCAUCAACUGGGAAUGUCAUUUUUAUUAUUAUCAUUAUUAUUUUUUAUAAUUAAAUAUUUUUUACACCCUUUUUCUCCCCAAUUUCGUGAUAUCCAAUUGCGAUCUUGUCUCAUCGUUCGGGAGAGGCGAAGGUCGAGUCAUGCGUCCCCCGAAACAUGACCCGCCUAACCGCGCUCCUUAACACCUGCCAGCUUAACCCGGAAGUCAGCCCGCACUAAUGUGUCGGAGGAAACACUGUUCAACUGACGACCAAAAUCAGGACUCGCUAGAGCGCAAUGAGCCAAGGAAAGCCCACCCCCCGGCCAAACCCUCCCCAAACCCGGACGACGCUGGGCCAAUUGUGCGCCGCCCUAUGGGACUCCCGGUCACGGCCGGUUGUGAAACAGCCCGGGAUCGAACCCAGGUUUGUAGUGACGCCUCAAGCCCUGCGAUGCAGCGCCUUAGACAACUGCGCCACUCGGAAGGCCCCGGAAUUUGAUAUUUUUGACUGAUAUUAUGAUUGUCUGUUUCGUAUCUGCAAAGUAGUUUAAAACGCUCAGUUCCACAUUAAAUCACUGAACACAACAGGCGCUUAUUAGAGCCAGGCUUGUAUUUGAGCCAGGCUUGGCUGUAGGUAGGGAUAUAGUGACUAGGCAACAGGACAGAUAAUAAACAGUAGCAGCAGUGUAUGUGAUGAGUCAAAAGAGUUAGUGCAAAAAGGGUCAAUGCAGAUAGUCCGGGUAGCUAUUUGGUGAACUAUUUAGUAGUCUUAUGGCUUGGGGGUAGAAGCUGUUCAGGGUCCUGUUGGUUCCAGAAUUGGUGCAUCGGUACCGCUUGCCGUGUGGUAGCAGAGAGAACGGUCUGUGGCUUGAUUCUUUGACAAUUUUUAGGGCCUCUCUCUGACACCGCCUGGUAUAGAGGUCGUGGAUGGCAGGGAGCUGGCCCAGGGGUCUGUACUCCCGAAGUUGUUGACUGUUUUUGUGCUUGCCAGUUAGCUAGCAGUUCUCAGCUGUUAGCAGCCAGUUAGCUAGCAGUUCUCAGCUGUUAGCAGCCAGUUAGCUAGCAGUUCUCAGCUGUUAGCAGCCAGUUAGCUAGCAGUUCUCAGCUGUUAGCAGCCAGUUAGCUAGCAGUUCUCAGCUGUUAGCAGCCAGUUAGCUAGCAGUUCUCAGCUGUUAGCUGCCAGUUAGCUAGCAGUUCUCAGCUGUUAGCAGCCAGUUAGCUAGCAGUUCUCAGCUGUUAGCAGCCAGUUAGCUAGCAGUUCUCAGCUGUUAGCUGCCAGUUAGCUAGCAGUUCUCAGCUGUUAGCAGCCAAUGGCUAGCAGUUUCUUACUGACGAUUUAAAAACUGAUGAUUGCCAUAAUAUUUUUCUAGUCAUUACUGAAUGAUUUCAUGUAACAAAUCAUACAUUAGACCUCGUAAACAAUUCAUGGUAGUUUUGGGUAGGUAGGUAGUUAGUUGGUUGGUUGGUUGAGCGAUGUCCUCAUCUACCCCGUUCUAUCUCCCUGUGACAUCCCAGAAGGGAUGCUUAGGUACGAUGCACCUAGUAGCAGUCUUCCACCUAGCCCUAGAUUAUUGUCUAGGUAGGUGCAUAGGCCCCCCAAAGCUAGAGUAGUCCAAACCGAUAGAGACCCCCCCUUAAACUGCACCUGCAGUCCACAGCAGUGUGAAUUGAACUGCACCGUUCCGUUUCCCACUGCGCUGUGGUUCGCUUCCCUGUGCUCUGUCCUGCUGUGUCGUUAGGUUCUCUAGCAGUACAAAAAUAAAAGGACAGAAAAUGAUUAUUAUGAGUGUAUGACUUAUUUUUCUUCCUGCACUGCUCUGUAGCCAGCUGUUUCAGUUAUGUUGUUUCUCUGUAGCCAGCUGUUUCAGUUCUGUAGUUUCUCUGUAGCCAGCUGUUUCAGUGCUGUAGUUUAUCUGUAGCCAGCUAUUUCAGUACUGUAGUUUCUCUGUAGCCAGCUGUUUCAGUGCUGUAGUUUCUCUGUAGCCAGCUGUUUCAGUGAUGUAGUUUCUCUGUAACCAGCUGUUUCAGUGCUGUAGUUUCUCUGUAUCCAGCUGUGCUGCUAUGCUGUCCUGUCCCUCUGGCCAUCAGCAGAUCGACUGUAAAUCCUAAACUGUGGGAUUGUUCCUGCAUGUAUAAUUGAUUGAUUGAUUGAUUAGUUAAUUUAUUGAUUGAUUGGUUGAUUGAUCUUCCUCCAUAGACGGUGUCGUAUGCCCAGUUUCUGUAUCCGACCAACGCCCUGGUCCGCCAGAAGACCCCCUCGGUGGACAUUACCCUCCAGGUGCCCCUCAACCAGGUGACCCGGAACAGUAACCCCAGAAACUACACCCCAACCAGGCUGAAUAGCAACAUGGGACUGGACCUGGGUAAGACCUGGCUCUAACCCCUGACCCCUAACCCAGAAACGCCACCUUAACUCCAACAUAGGACUGGACUUUUUAUUUUUUAUUUAAUCUCUAUUUAACCAGGUUGCAUCAUAUGGAUGUAGGUUGCACCAUAUUGGUAAGUAAUAUGGUGAAAAUUCCUAGUCCUUCAGAGGGAGCUAUUAUCAUAUUGUGGACUAACUGCACCUGCUGUCCACGGGGCUAUGACCUCUACUGCACCAUGCUGGCUUUGCUAUGCCCUGUCAUGCUGGCUUUACUGUGUCCUCUCAUGCUGGCUUUGCUGUGCCCUGUCAUGCUGGCUUUGCUGUGCCCUGUCAUGCUGGCUUUGCUGUGCCCUGUCAUGCUGGCUUUGCUGUGCCCUGUCAUGCUGGCUUUAAUGUGCCCUGUCAUGCUGGCUUUAAUGUGCCCUGUCAUGCUGGCUUUAAUGUGCCCUGUCAUGGUGGCUUUAAUGUGCCCUGUCAUGCUGGCUUUAAUGUGCCCUGUCAUGCUGGCUAUAAUGUGCCCUGUCAUGCUGGCUAUAAUGUGCCCUGUCAUGCUGGCUAUAAUGUGCCCUGUCAUGCUGGCUUUAAUAUGACCUGUCAUGCUGGGUUGCCUGUCAUGCUGGCUUUAAUAUGACCUGUCAUGCUGGCUUUAAUAUGACCUGUCAUGCUGGGUUGCCUGUCAUGCUGGCUUUAAUAUGACCUGUCAUGCUGGCUUUAAUGUGACCUGUCAUGCUGGGUUGCCUGUCAUGCUGGGUUGUCUGUCAUGCUGGGUUGCCUGUCAUGCUGGGUUGCCUGUCAUGCUGGGUUGUCUGUCAUGCUGGGUUGUCUGUCAUGCUGGGUUGCCUGUCAUGCUGGGUUGCCUGUCAUGCUGGGUUGCCUGUCAUGCUGGGUUGCCUGUCAUGCUGGGUUGCCUGUCAUGCUGGGGUUGUCUGUCAUGCUGGGUUGCCUGUCAUGCUGGGUUGUCUGUCAUGCUGGGUUGCCUGUCAUGCUGGGUUGCCUGUGGUGCUGAACUGUCCUGUAUAGUAGCAGCUGAAAACACACACACACACACACACACACACACACACACAAAACAUGCUGUUUACUGAAACGCUGCUUCAGACACAAUAAUACUAAUAUAACGAGCACUAUAGUGUGUGACCUGUUUAUUUAGACGGAGGGGGAGGAGACACGGAGGGGGAGGAGACACGGAGGGGGAGGAGACACGGGAGGGGGAGGAGACACGGAGGGGGAGGAGACACUGAGGGGGAGGAGACACUGAGGGGGAGGAGACACUGAGGGGGAGGAGACAACUGAGGGGGAGGAGACACUGAGGGGGAGGAGACACGGAGGGGGAGGAGACACGGAGGGGGAGGAGACACGGAGGGGGAGGAGACACGGAGGGGGAGGAGACACGGAGGGGGUGGAGACACGGAGGGGGAGGAGACGGAGGGGGUGGAGACACGGAGGGGGUGGAGACACUGAGGGGAGGAGACGAGGAACGGGGGGAGAGAGACACAGGGGGGGGUAGAGAGGGUGAGGAGAGGAGGGGGGGAGGUAGAGACAGAGGGGAGGUAGAGACGGAGGGGGAGGUAGAGACAGAGGGGAGGAGAGGAGAGACAGAGGGGAGAGAGACAGGGGGAGGAGGAGACAGAGGGGAGAGAGAGACAGAGGGGGAGAGACAGGGGGAGAGAGACAAGGGGAGGUAGAGGACAGGGGGGAGGUAGAGAAGACAGGGGGGAGGUAGAGAGACGGGAGAGGGAGACAGAGGGGAGGUAGAGACAGAGGGGAGGAGAGACAGAGGGGAGGAGAGACAGAGGGGGAGAGAGACAGAGGGGGUAGAGAGACAGAGGGGAGGAGAGACAGAGGGGAGAGGAGAGAGGGGGACCGGACAGAGGGGAGAGAGACAGAGGGGAGACGAGACAGAGGGGGAGACGGAGACAGAGGGGAGACGAGACAGAGGGGAGACGGAGACAGAGGGGAGACGGAGACGAGGGGGAGACGGAGACAGAGGGGGAGACGGAGACAGAGGGGGAGACGGGAGACAGAGGGGGAGACGGAGACCAGAGGGGGAGACGGAGACAGAGGGGGAGACGGAGACAGAGGGGGAGACGGAGACAGAGGGGGAGACAGAGACAGAGGGGAGACAGAGACAGAGGGGGAGACAGAGACAGAGGGGAGACAGAGACAGGGGGGAGGUAGAGACAGAGGGGAGGUAGAGACAGACAGACAGAGGGGGGAGAGAGGAUGGCUUUUGUUUGUGUCUCUGUGUGUUUCAGAUUACCACAGAUGGUCAUUAUCACAGCACUGUACUCUCUGUCCGGCCCUGGUCCAUCGCUACGUCCCCGAUUUAGAGACCCUUCAUUAGCUAGACACAAAGCUGUGUGUGUGUGUGUGUGUGUGUGCUGCGCUAGCUGUUAGUUGUUCUGUGAUGUCAGGGUGACAGGGACAGAUCCCAGAGACAGGUGGUGGUGAAUGUAGGAACUGUAUCCUAAAUGGUACCCUAUUCCCUAUGUAGUGCACUACUUUAGACCAGAGUUGGUACCCUAUUCCCUAUGUAGUGCACUACUUUAGACCAGGGCCCAUAGGGAAUAGGGUGCCAUUUGGGACGUAGCCCGGGAGUGUUGCCAACGCUGAUAUCCAGGUUAAGUGUUCCAGAGCGCUGCUCAACUUGACAAAGUGAAUUGUGGGUCAACAUUAAUGCCAGGCAUUCAAUUACAGAUAGACACAGUGCAGUAGGCUUAUAGAAACCAGCUAAUGUAAAGACAGACAGACACAGUGCAGUAGGCUUAUAGAAACCAGCUAAUGUAAUGACAGACAGACAGACAGACGGACACAGUGCAGUAGGCUUAUAGAAACCAGCUAAUGUAAUGACAGACAGACAGACAGACAGACAGACAGACAGACACAGUGCAGUAGGCUUAUAGAAACCAGCUAAUGUAAUGACAGACAGACAGACAGACAGACAGACAGACACAGUGCAGUAGGCUUAUAGAAACUAUGGACUUCAAUUCAUAGCCCACACGUAACACAUUUUUAAGCAGUACAUGGACUGCAUCUGUCAUUCUGUAUGUGAAUGUACUGUUUGUAUAAGUCUUUAUGUGAACAAUAGCAACGUAUGUAUUAUUGUCUGUGUAUUAAUGUAUAUGUAUUUAUGUGUAUGUUUCUGUGCUCUCCAGGUGUGGAUGACACAUCAGACUAUGACCCCAACCUUCUGAGUGACCCCCAGUGGCCCUGUGGGAAACACAAGAGAGUCCUGAUCUUCGCUUCAUAUAUGGUGAGAGAGACACACACUCCUUAUUUUCUCCUCAUACAUGGUGAGAGAGGACACACACUCCUUAUUUUCUCCUGAUACAUGGUGAGAGAGAGAAUGAGAGAUAGAUGAAGGGAGGGGUGCCUUGUAAGGAUCCUACGGCGAGCAUGUAAUCUGCCUCUACCAUCAAUCCUAUUAGCCAACGUACAAUCAUUGGAAAACAAAAUAGACGACCUACGAUCACGGAUAUCCUACCAACGGGACAUUCAAAUCUGUAAUAUCUUAAGUUUCACCGAGUCGUGGCUGAACGAUGACAUGGAUAACAUACAGCUGGUGGGAUAUACGCUACAUCGGCAGGAUAGAACGGCUGACUCCGGUAAGACAAGGGGUGGCGGUCUGUGUAUAUUUGUAAACAACAACUGGUGCACAAAAUAUGUUUAGGAAGUCUCGAGAUUUUGCUCACCUGAGGUAGAGUAUCUCAUGAUAAGCUGUAGACCACACUAUUUACCAAGAGAGUUUUCAUCUAUAUUUUUCAUAGCUGUCCAUUUACCACCACAAACCGAUGCUGGCACUAAGACCACACUCAAUGAACUGUACAGUCGUGGUCAAAAGUUUUGAGAAUGACACAAGUAUUGGUCUUCACAAAGUUUGCUGCUUCAGUGUUUUUAGAUAAUUUUGUCAGAUGUUACUAUGGUAUACUGAAGUAUAAUUACAAGCAUUCCAUAAGUGUCAAAGGCUUUUAUUGACAAUUACAUUACGUUUAUGCAAAGAUUCAAUAUUUGCGGUGUUGACCCUUCUUUUUCAAGACCUCUGCAAUCCGCCCUGGCAUGCUGUCAAUUAACUUCUGGGCCACAUCCUGACUGAUGGCAGCCCAUUCUUGCAUAAUCAAUGCUUGGAGUUUGUCAGUAUUUGUGGGUUUUUGUUUGUCCACCCAUCUCUUGAAGAUUGACCACAAGUUCUCAAUGGGAUUAAGGUCUGGGGAGUUUCCUGGCCAUGGACCCAAAAUGUAGAUGUUUUGUUCCCCGAGCCACUUAGUUAUCACUUUUGCCUAAUGGCAAGGUGCUCCAUCAUGCUGGAAAAGGCAUUGUUCGUCACCAAACUGUUCUUGGAUUGUUGGGAGAAGUUGCUCUCGGAGGAUGUGUUGGUACCAUUCUUUAUUCAUGGCUGUGUUCUUAGGCAAAAUUGUGAGUGAGCCCACUCCCUUGGCUGAGAAGCAACCCCACACAUGAAUGGUCUCAGGAUGCUUUACUGUUGGCAUGACACAGGACUGAUGGUAGCGCUCACCUUGUCUUCUCCGGACAAGCUUUUUUCCUGAUGCCCCAAACAAUCGGAAAGGGGAUUCAUCAGAGAAAAUGACUUUACCCCAGUCCUCAGCAGUCCAAUCCCUGUACCUUUUGCAGAAUAUCAGUCUGUCCCUGGUGUUUUUCCUGGAGAGAAGUGGCUUCCUCUCUACCCUUCUUGACACCAGGCCAUCCUCCAAAAGUCUUCGCCUCACUGUGCGUGCAGAUGCACUCACACCUGCCUGCUGCCAUUCCUGAGCAAGCUCUGCACUGGUGGUGCCCCGAUCCCGCAGCUGAAUCAACUUUAGGAGACGGUCCUGGCGCUUGCUGGACUUUCUUGGGCGCCCUGAAGCCUUCUUCACAACAAUUGAACCUGUCUCCUUGAAGUUCUUGAUGAUCCGAUAAAUGGUUGAUUUAGGUGCAAUCUUACUAGCAGCAAUAUCCUUGCCUGUGAAGCCCUUUUUGUGCAAAGCAAUGAUGACGGCAUGUGUUUCCUUGCAGGUAACCAUGAUUAACAGAGGAAGAACAAUGAUUUCAAGCACCACCCUCCUUUUAAACUUCCAUUCUGUUAUUCUAACUCAGUCAGCAUGACAGAGUGAUCUCAAGCCUUGUCCUCGUCAACACUAUCACCUGUGUUAACGAGAGAAUCACUGACAUGAUGUCAGCUGGUCCUUUUGUGGCAAGGCUGAAAUGCAGUGGAAAUGUUUUUUGGGGAUUAAGUUCAUUUUCAUGGCGAAGAGGGACUUUUGCAAUUAAUUGCAAUUUAUCUUAUCACUCUUCAUAACAUUCUGGAGUAUAUGCAAAUUGCCAUCAUAAAAACUGAGGCAGCAGACUUUGUGAGAAUUAAUAUUUGUGUCAUUCUCAAAACUUUUGACCACGACUGUAUAAGGCCAUAAGCAAACAAGAAAACGCUCAUCCAGAGGCAGCGCUCAUAGUGGCCGGGGACUUUAAUGCAGGGAAACUUUUAAAUCCGUUCUACCUAAUUUCUACCAGCACGUUAAAUGUCCAACCAGAGGAAAAUAAAUCUAGACCACCUUUACUCCACACUCAGAGAUGCGUACAAAGCUCUCCCUCGCCCUCCAUUUGGAAAAUCUACCAUAAUUCUAUCCUCCUGAUUCCUGCUUAUAAGCAAAAACUAAAGCAGGAAGCAUCAGUGACUCGGUUAAUAAGGAAGUGGUCAGAUGACGCAGAUGCUAAGCUACAGGACUGUUUUGCUAGCACAGACUGGAAUAUGUUCCGGGAUUCUUCCGAUGUCAUUGAGGAGUACACUGGCUUCAUCAAUAAGUGCAUCGAUGACGUCGUACCCACAGUGACUGUACGUACAUACCCCAACCAGAAGCCAUGGAUUACAGGCAACAUCCGCACUAAGCUAAAGGGUAGAGCUGCCGCUUUCAAGGAGCGGGACUCUAACCUGGACGCUUAUAAGAAAUCCCGCUAUGCCCUCCAACGAACGGUCAAACAGGCAAAGAGUCAAUACAGGACUAAGAUUGAAUCGUACAACACCGGCUCCGACGCUCGUUGGAUGUGGCAGGGCUUGCAAACUAUUACAGACUACAAAGGGAAGCACAGCCGCGAGCUGCCCAGUGACACGAGCCUACCAGACGAGCUAAAUAACUUCUAUGCUCGCUUCGAGGCAAGCAACACUGAAGCAUGCAGGUCAACAUUCACAAGGCCGCAGGGCCAAACAGAUUACCAGGACGCGUACUCCGAGCAUGCGCUGACCAACUGGCAAGUGUCUUCACUGAAAUACCAACAUGUUUCAAGCAGACCACCAUAGUCCCUGUCCCCAAGGACACUAAGAUAACCUGCCUAAAUGACUACCGACCCGUAGCACUCAAGUCUGUAGCCAUGAAGUGCUUUGAAAGGCUGGUCAUGGCUCACAUCAACACCAUUAUCCCAGAAACCCUAGACCCACUCCAUACCGCCCCAACAGAUCCACAGAUGAUGCAAUCUCUAUUGCACUCCACACUGCCCUUUCCCACCUGGACAAAAGGAACACCUACGUGAGAAUGCUGUUCAUUGACUACAGCUCAGCGUUCAACACCAUAGUGCCCUUAAAGCUCAUCACUAAGCUAAGGACCCUGGGACUAAACACCUCCCUCUGCAACUGGAUCCUGGACUUCCUGACGGGCCGCCCCCAGGUGGUAAGGGUAGGUAACAACACAUCUGCCACGCUGAUCCUCAACACGGGGGCCCCUCUGGGGUGCGUGUUCAUUCCCCUCCUGUACUCCCUCUUCACCCAUGACUGCAUGGCCAGGCACGACUCCAACACCAUCAUUAAGUUUGCCGACGACACAACAGUGGUAGGCCUGAUCACCGACAACGAUGAGACAGCCUAUAGGGUGGAGGUCAGAGACCUGGUCGUGUGGUGCCAGGAUAACAACCUCUCCCUCAACGUGGUCAAGACUAAGGAGAUGAUUGUGGACUACAGAAAGAAAAAGAGGACUGAGCACGCCCCCAUUCUCAUCAACGGGGCUGUAGUGGAACAGGUUGAGAGCUUCAAGUUCCUUGGUGUCCACAUCACCAACAAACUGUCAUGGUCCAAACACACCAAGACAGUCGUGAAGACGGCACAACAAAGAUUUGGCAUGGGUCCUCAGAUCCUCAAAAAGUUAUACAGCUGCAACAUCGAGAGCAUCCUGACUGGUUGCAUAACCGCCUGGUAUGUUGGCCUCCGACUGCAAGGCGCUACAGAGGGUAGUGGGUACGGCCCAGUACAUCACUGGGGCCAAGCUUCCUGCCAUCCAGGACCUCUAUACCAGGCGGUGUCAGAGGAAGGCCCUAGUCAAAGACUCCAGUCACCCAAGUCAAGACUGUUCUCUCUGCUACCGCACGGCAAGCGCUACCGGAGCGCCAAGUCUAGGUCCAAAAGGCUUCUUAACAGCUUCUACCCCCAAGCUAUGAUUAACUGUUCAGGAGUCUUAUUGCUUGGCCGUAGAAUCUGUUAAGAAGCCUUUUGGACCUAGACUGGUGCUCCGGCUCCGCUCCUGAACAGCUAAAUGUUCCCCCCACCCCCACCCCACCCCCUCUUUUACGCUGCUGCUACUCUCUGUUUAUUAUCUAUGCAUAGUCACUUGAACUCUACCCACGUGUACAUAUUACUUCAAUUACCUCGACUAACCGGUGCCCCCGCACAUUGACUCUGUACCGGUACCCCCUGUAUGUAGCCUCCCUACUGUUAUUUUAUUUUACUGCUGCUCUUUAAUUAUUUUUAAUUUUAAUUUGUAUCUUAUCUAUUUUAUACUUAACCAACAAUGCAGUUUUAAGAAAACUAAGUGUUAAGGGCUUGUAAGUAAGCAUUUCACUGUUGUAUUCUGCGCAUGUGGCAAACAAAAUUUGAUUUGAUUUGAUGGACCUUCUUGUCGCUGUGCCAAACCAAAAACGCUAUACAGAAGUUAAAUAUUAUAUUUCUCUCUCCCUCCCCCUCUCACCCCUCCCUCCCUCUCUCUCCCCUCCCUCCCUCUCUCCCUCCUCCCUCUGUCUCCCUCCUCCCCCUCUCUCUCACCCCUCUCUCCUUCUCUCAACCCUCUCUCCUUCCUCAAUCUGUCUCCCUCUCCAUCCCUACCCCACUCCCUCCCUAUCUCUCUCCCCCUGUAGACAACAGUGAUAGAGUACGUGAAGCCGUCUGAUCUGAAGAAGGACAUGAACGAGACGUUUAAAGAGAAGUUUCCUCACGUCAAGCUGACUCUCAGCAAGAUCAGGAGGUAUACUACUGCCGUGUGUGGUCAUGUUCAGUAUGCUUUGUCUUACUCUUAUCCUAACACCUGCCUUUCUCUCUCCCCCCCUCUCCCCCCCUCUCUCUCCCCCCCCCCCCCCCCCCCUUCUCUCCAGUCUAAAGAGGGAGAUGCGUACAGUGGGUGACGACUGCGGCCUGCAGGCAGUCACUGUGGCGAUGGCGUUUGUUUACUUUGAGAAGCUGGUCCUCCAGGGGCGACUCAACAAACACAACAGGAAGUUGGUCUCUGGAGCCUGUGUGCUGCUCGCCGCUAAGAUCAGCAGCGACCUCAAGAAACAGGACGUCACGCAGCUCAUAGACGUACGUGUUAUCCCUUUAGAAUGACAUAAAAGCCUCUAAAUGCUCUGUGAAGCAUCUAUGUAGUGCUUAUGAAGACUUUACGUAUGCUAUAUAAAGCCUUUUAUAAGUUGACCUCAAGGAGCAAGACAUCACGCAAGCUCAUAGAUGUAUGCGUCUUUCACAUUCUGCUCUUGUAUGUGUAUCUUUAUGGAGUAAUGCUUUAGUUCAAAACGCUAAGGGCUGGGCUGGGCUGGUUUCCUGGACCCAUUUGAAGCAUAUACCUGGCCUAAAAAGCUGAGCGAGGGGGGGGGGAGGGGGCAGAGCCCAGAAGACAUUCCAAUUUGUCUGGGCGUCAUUUUCUUGUUUUAACAGACAUGAUGACAUCAGAGGUUUACCUGGGUCAACUUUCAGUCAUCACAUGCACUACAUGACCAAAACUGAAACACCUGUUCAUCGAACAUCUCAUUCCAAAGUCAUGGGCAUUGAUAUGGAGUUGGUCCCCCCCUUUUGCUGCUAUAACAGCCUCCACUCUUCUGGGAAGGCUUUCCACUAGAUGUUGGAACAUUGCUGAGGGGACUUGCUUCCAUUUAGCCACAAGAGCAUUAGUGAGGUUGGGCACUGACAUUGGGAGAUUAGGCCUGGCUCGUAGUCGGCAUUCCAAUUCAUCCCAAAGGUGGUUCGAUGGGGUUGAGGUCAGGGCUCUGUGCAGGCCAGACAAGUUCUUCCACACUGAUCGCGACAAACCAUUUCUCGAUGGACCUCGCUUUGUGCAUGGGGGCAUUGUCAUGCUGAAACAGGAAAGGGCCUUCCGUAAACUGUUGCCACGAAGUUGGAAGUACAGAAUUGUCUAGAAUGGCAUUGUAUGCUGUAGCGUUAAGAUUUCCCUUCAUUGGAACUAAGGUGCCUAGCCCGAACCAUGAAAAACAGCCCCAGACCAUUAUUUAUCCUCCACCAGACUUUACAGUUGGCACUAUGCAUUGGGGCAGGUAGCGUUCUCCUGACAUCCGCCAAACCCAGAUUCAUCCGUGGGACUGUCAGAUGGUGAAGCGUGAUUCAUCACUCCAGAGAACGCGUUUCCACUGCUCCAGAGUCCAAUGGCGACGAGCUUUACACCACUCCAGCUGACUCUUGUCAUUGCGCAUGGUGAUCUUAGGAUUGUGUGCGGCUGCUCGGCCAUGGAAACCCAUUUCAUGAAGCUCCUGACGAACAGUUCUUGUGCUGACGUUGCUUCCAGUGGCAGUUUGGAACUCGGUAGUGAGUGUUGUAACCGAGGACAGACGAUUUAUUACGCGCUUCAGCACUCAGUGGUCCUGUUCUGUGAGCUUGUGUGGCCUACCACUUCGCGGCUGAGCCGUUGUUGCUCCUAGACGUUUCCACUUCACAAUAACAGCACUUACAGUUGACCAGGGGCAGCUCUAGCAGGGCAGAAAUUUGACAAACUGACUUGUUGGAAAGGUGAUAUCCUAUGACGGUGCCAUGUUGAAAGUCACUGAACUCUUCAGUAAUUCAGCCCAUUCUACAGCCAAAGUUUGUCUAUGGAGAUUGCAUGGCUGUGUGCUCAAUUUUAUAAACCUGUCAGCAACAGGUGUGGCUGAAUUGGACCAAAUCUACUCAUUUGAAGGGGUGUCCACAUACUUUUGUGUAUAUAUAUUGUAUAUUAAUUACUCAUAUUACGUUGCUAAGGGUCAGGUCUUUCUGGAUUAAAAUCCACCAUCCACCUUAGUGUGUGGAAACCCUGUGGCUGAUCUCUAAGGGCAAAAGUAGAGCAACACAGAACUUUUUUAACAGGUCUCUUCCUCCUCUUCCUCCUCUUCCUCCUCUUCCUCCUCUUCCAUCUUCUCUUUCGCUGCAGAAACUGGAGGAGCGUUUCCGUAUCAGUCGGCGAGAGUUGAUCCCGUUUGAGUUCACCAUCCUGGUUGCCCUGGAGAUGGCUCUGUACCUGCCUGAGAGCGCCAUCAUGCCACACUACCGACGACUGGUGCAGCAGAACUAGCACCACGCCCCUGCCACACCCACUGCCACACCCACAGGGACAGGAGCCACGCCUUCUAGGGUCAGGAGACUGGACGCAGGGGGGGGGCGGAGUGAGGGGAGGAGCUACACCUACUAGGGUCAGGAGACUGGACAUGGGGGGCGGGGUGAGGGGAGGAGGUACACCUAGUGGACAUGGGAGGGAGGGAGGG